CCGGGGUAGUAAAUGAGAGUGCUCUUAAAAGGCUCAUAGUCCCGAGGAGAAGACCGAAUGAAUUAACUAUCAUCGCUCCAAAAUCUCUGGUGCUGGCUGAAUACUCCUAUAUAUCUGUGCCUGAUCCAUUUUCUUCAUCAAAUUCAGAAACAUAUCAACUUCAAUUUGCUUGAGGAAGAAGGAGAACAUGGAAGUUGAAUCCCGUACUAGUGCAGUUGCAAGUGUUCUUCUGGACGAUGAUGGGAGACCAAAAAGAACUGGGACUGUGUGGACUGCAUGUGCACAUAUCAUAACGGCAGUGAUUGGGGCAGGGGUGUUGUCUCUAGCUUGGGCCAUGGCACAAUUGGGUUGGAUCCUUGGCGUAUCUUGCAUCCUUAUCUUUGCUGGUGUUACGCUCUACACUUCCAAUCUUCUUGCUGAUUGUUAUCGUUCACCUGAUCCUGUUACUGGCAAGAGAAACUACACUUACAUGGAGGCAGUGAAAACUCACUUAGGUGGGAAAAGUUACGUGUUUUGUGGAUGGGUCCUGUAUUGCAACCUUGCUGGGUUUGUGAUUGGCUUCACAAUUACUACAUCUAAUAGUAUGGUGACAAUACUGAAAAACAAUUGCUUCCAUAAGAAUCGGAUUGGAGCUUCAUGCCGUUUUUCUAAUAAUGCAUACAUGAUUGGUCUUGGAGUCAUUGAAAUUAUAUUGUCUCAAAUCCCUGAUUUUCACAACCUGGCUUGGCUCUCUAUCUUAGCAACUAUCAUGUCUUUUGGGUACGCCACCAUUGGUGUUGGACUUUCUCUUGCAACCAUUAUCCAAGGGAAGGGAAGGAGUACCUCUUUUUGGUGGAGCGGCAAUGAUCAUAGUUCAGGAGAAAGAUUGUGGAACAUGCUAGUUGCAAUUGGAGAUGUUGCACUUGCCAGUGCCUAUACUCAAAUUGGUAUAGAUAUACAGGAUAGCUUAAAGUCAUCACCUCCAGAAAAUAAAGUGAUGAAGAUGGCAAAUACGAUAGGUAUAUUCACCAUGACAAUCAUCUUCCUCUUGUCUGCUUCCACUGGAUAUGCUGCAUUUGGUUCAGGCACUCCUGGCAACAUUCUCAUGAGCUCUGGGUUUCACAAUCCUUUCUGGCUAGUGGACUUGGCCAAUGUCGCAAUUAUAGUGCAUCUUGUUGGAGCAUAUCAGAUAGUAAUCCAACCUGUUUACCGUGUAAUUGAGACCUUGGCUAGCCAAUAUUGGCCAAACUCAAGUUUUGUGACAAGGGAUCACCCUAUGAGCAUUUGCAACAUGAAAUUCAGCAUCAAUUUCUUCAGGCUUGUUUGGAGGACCACAUUUGUGGUAGUGGUGACUGUGCUGGCUAUGGCAAUGCCCUUUUUCAAUGACAUGAUUGCCCUUCUUGGCGCUGUUGGGUUCUGGCCUUUGGUGUAUUUUCCAGUGGAGAUGUACAUUGUGAAACAGAACAUCAGAAAAGGAACAACAAGAUGGUUUGGGCUUCAAAUGUUGAGCCUUGUCUGCUUGAUUGUGUCGUUGGCUGCAGCAUGUGGAGCUAUUCAUGGUUUGGGUCAAGCAGUUGGAAAAUACAAACCUUUUAUGUAUAAGGAAUAGUGAGUUUCACUGCGUUAUAAGUGUUUCAUGGUUUUAGACCUAUAACAAUAUAUAUAUAUAGACAUAUAUAUGGUGAUGUAUCAAGUGAGAACUAGUGUUUACUUUGAGAAAUUAGAACUCUUAAUAUCACCUAAUAUAAUUAUGACUUGAAGCUGCAAAUUCACUCAAUG